AUGGGCUCAAAUGGAGUUCUCAGAAUCCCGAUCGUCGAUCUUUCUGCUUUCACAAACAAUGAUGAUCCAGAAUCUUGCCAGGCAGCAGCAAAAGCAUUAGCUGAAAAGGUUCAUAUAAACGGCAGUGUUGGGAUCUCUGGUCAUGGCCUAGCCUCGAAGGUACUCGAAGAAGCUUUCGCUGUGACGAAGAAACUCUUUGACCUUCUAUACGAAGACAAAAUGAAAGCACCACAUCCGGAUGCAAUGGUGCCAAACCGAGGCUACUCGGAUAUUGGAAGAGAAAAGGGUGCUGCAAAAACGGCCUUGGAGACCGAUGAUGAGGCAAAGAAAGAUGUGUAUUUAAACACCUCUGAUUACAAGGCAAGAAUCGUCUGCUCGGUCGCGUUAAUCCCUACUUACAAUUGACACGUUUAAAGGAAAGUUAUGAAAUUGGAAGCGAACAGAAUAGUGUUCAAUAUAACAUUUGGCUCCCUGAGGAUGUGUUGCCCAAUUUCCGGCAAUUCACAACCAAAUUCUUCUGGGAACUUCACAAGACAGCGAGCAUGAUCCUCGAAGCUUUGAUCAUGGGGCUGGACCUGACAGAGGAGGAGGCGGCUACUAUUCGAGCCCUACACACGGGUCACGAUAACCAGUUGCGAUUACUUCACUAUCCUUCCAUUUCCGCCGAAAUGCUUAAGAAUGAAACUGUUGGUCGCCUACAAGCACACACAGACUGGAGGUAAGGAUCCCUGCAGAAAUUCAAUGAGAUCUUGGUCAGUAAUCUGACUGUCAACAGUCUUUUCACUCUUCUUUUCCAGGAUAGCAAUAGUGGUCUGGAAUUUGGCGAUCGUGAGACUGGUGAUUUCGCAUCAGCAAUGCCGAAGGAAGGAGUUCUAUACAUGAACAUCGGGGAUAUGCUUGAUCGUGUAUCAAACGGCAUGUUCACCUUAACCAGAUACAACCCUUUUUUGAGAGAAAGACUAAUUGAGUUUGUUCAACAGGGGUUUAUCCUUCUGGUCUUCAUCGAGUUGUUGUUUCUGGAAAAGCCAACGGUGAAGAGACACCUGCUAGAUAUUCCAUACCAUACUUUGUUACUCCGACACCUGAUGAUGUUAUUGCGCCUUCGCCUUCUCUCGUGGCUAGACAAGCUAAACAGAUCUAUGAGGUGGUGACGUUCAAUUCCUACUCUGAGCAGAUGUUCCAAAGGACCAACGUGUUCGAAUGA